AUGCGAGUCUUGCGGUGGUAUUGGAUCCAACUGCUGGUGCUUGCAGCCAUUGCAGCUGCUGUGCCGUUCGCGCAAGGACAACAAGAGCCUUGCAGCAUUACCGUCUCCGACGUGACUGCGCUCUACAACGAGCUUGGCUCCCCAAGCACGAGUACAGUUGUGUGCAUUAUGCCCGGAACCUACGCCUUCCCCAAUCAGCGAACAAUCAACCGAUCGGUUUCGUUUCGAGGUCUGGGCACCCGCCCGGAAGAUGUAGUCAUCUCCAAUCAAUACGGCUCUCAGAUUGUGUUUUACGUCACGAAUGGCGCGGGCCUCAGCGUGAAUUUUGAGAAUCUCAAAGUUACUCAAGGCUCGGGAGCCAUUUACCUGAAUACCGGCGUCAGUUCGGUCCUCAAGAACGUCAUUCUGGACGGCUGCACCUCGACGACGCAGUCCCAAGCUGCCGGUCUCCACCUCUUCGGCAGCAACAAUGUUGUGAUGACAGAUUCGGUCAUUUCCAACAAUCAAGUUUGGGAUUAUGGUGCCGGCAUGCGUAUCGGGUCGUUCUCGAACGUCCAACUCCAAAACGUUGCGUUCUCGAACAACGCGGGCGCUAUGUAUGGCUCAACCAAUUAUGGUGGUGCCAUCGCCAUUGACACUGUGACCACUGUUACUGUCACUUCAUGCACAUUUACAAACAACCGAGCCUAUUCCGGAGGCGCGAUCGGCGUCAAGGCUGGAGUCUCAAACUCGCUGUCCAUCUCCAAGUCCACGUUUACCGGAAACACUUGUGCGGGCUCUGGCUGGGGCCAUGCCCUCAGUCUCGGAACUACAUCGAAUUCUCGUACAGCAAUCUACAAGAGCACGUUCAAUGGCAACUAUGUCGCAGGCACCGCAGCCAGCUCUAGCAUCUAUACUGCGUCCGGUGCAACCACUACUUUGCUCAUCUACAACAUGAUCACUGCCAGCCAAGUGUCGUCAAACGGGUUUGCCAAUUCGGACGUUGGCUUCGGAGGCAGCGCUACAGUUAUUGCGACCAACGCCGAU